AUGGCUUCUUCUUCAGGCUUCAACAUCUUCUUGGUGGCAUUGGUUUUGGCCAUCUUCACCAGAUCAACGCUCGCUGUGUUCCAACCGAGCCCGUGGAAGCUCGCUCAUGCUACCUUUUAUGGCGACGAAACUGCCUCCGAGACCAUGGGUGGAGCUUGUGGGUAUGGCAACUUGUUUACGAACGGCUAUGGAACUGAUACAGUGGCGUUGAGUUCGACACUGUUCAACAAUGGCUACGCUUGUGGGACUUGCUUUCAAAUCAAAUGCGUGCAGUCGAAGGCGUGCUACGCGAAUGUGCCAUUCACGACUGUGACGGCGACUAACCUGUGCCCACCAAAUUGGUCACAGAACUCGAACGCCGGUGGCUGGUGCAACCCACCAAGAGUUCACUUCGACAUGGCCAAGCCUGCCUUCAUGAAGAUCGCUUGGUGGAAGGCCGGAAUUGUGCCCGUUCAGUACCGCAGGGUUCCAUGUGUGAAGAAAGGAGGAGUUCGAUUUAGCUUGCAAGGAAAUGGAUAUUGGUUAUUGGUGUAUGUGAUGAACGUAGGAGGAGGAGGUGAUGUCUAUUCAAUGGCAGUGAAAGGAAGCAAAACAGGAUGGAUAACAAUGAGCCAUAAUUGGGGAGCUUCAUAUCAAGCUUUUGCUUCAUUGGGUGGCCAAUCCCUCUCCUUUAGAAUCACUUCUUACACAACAAGAGAAACCCUUACUUUAUGGAAUGUCCUUCCUUCAAAUUGGCAAGUUGGGUUGACUUACAAUUCUAAUCUCAACUUCCGUUGA